GAAGUCUCUUCCUGCUGAUCUAAGGGACACACGGGAAUGGGAUCUGAGAUUCAAACCCAGAGGCUGUGAGCUGAUUCUUCCAAAGUAGAGACGACAGAGGAGAGAAACAGAGGAGGUGCAGACUGGACCAUGUCUGGGGGUGCCAGUGGGGACAACGAGGAGACCCCAGACCAGCACAGAUCUCCUGAGGAAGGCUGAGGUGGCUCAGGAAAAGUGCUCGGCCCAUCCGGAUCUUCAGUGGCUGCUACUUUCCCUGGAGCCGCCUGGGGAUCUCCUCGGAUCAAUCGCAAACCCUGCAGUCCAGGAUGAGGUGUCCGAGGUCCUUGCCACAGGUGGGCCUGGCUCUGGUGCUCUGCACCUUCACUCUCCUCUGCCUCCUCCUCAGUCUGCACCUGUCACCACCAGUGCUGCCCCCUGCCAGGGAACUGAAAGAGCCACUGGACACCCCCGCGGCUCUGAUCUGGCUCCCCGAGCCAACCCUCCCCACCACGCCGGCGCCCUGCAGGGCCAACACUUCCCUGGCCCAGCUGCCAGACUUCGCUGAGCAGCCAAAGCACGUGCGCGACUUCCUGCUGCACAGACACUGCCGGGACUUCCCGCUGCUGCAGGACGCGCCUCUGAGCAAGUGCGCACAGCGGGUCUUCCUGCUGCUGGUCAUCAAGUCCUCGCCGCACAAUUACGAGCGCAGGGAGGUGGUGCGGCGCACUUGGGGCCGAGAGCGGGCUGUGCGGGGCGGCUGGCUGCGCCGUCUCUUUCUGGUGGGCACAGCCCAAGAACCGCACGAGGCCCACAAAGUCAACCAGCUGCUGGCACUGGAGGCGAGGGUUCAUGGCGACAUCCUGCAGUGGGACUUCUACGACACCUUCUUCAACCUCACACUCAAGCAGGUGCUCUUCCUACAGUGGCAGGAGGCUCGGUGCAGCAAUGCCAGCUUCGUGCUCAACGGGGACGACGAUGUCUUUGCGCACACAGACAACAUGGUCUCUUACCUGCUGGACCACAACCCUGACCACCACCUCUUUGUGGGGCAACUGAUCCAGAAUGUGGGCCCCAUCCGGGCCCCCCAGAGCAAGUACUAUGUGCCAAAGAUAGUGACACAGGAGGAGCACUACCCGCCCUACUGUGGAGGUGGUGGCUUCCUGCUGUCCCGCUUCACGGCGGCCGCCGUGGGCCGGGCCGCCCGCACCCUGGACCUCCUCCCCAUCGAUGACGUCUUCCUGGGCAUGUGCCUGCAGCAGGAGGGCCUGAAGCCCGCCUCACACAGCGGUAUCCGCACCGUCGGCGUUAGGUCUCCCACAGCACGUUUGUCCUCCUUCAACCCCUGCUUCUACCGGGAGCUGCUGCUGGUGCACCGCUUCUUGCCCUAUGAGAUGCUGCUCAUGUGGAAUGCACUGAGCCAGGCCAACCUCACCUGUGGCAAGCAGGCGAGGGUCUAUGGAGGUGGUGCGGGGACCCCCUAGCCUCUAGGCUCCUGUCUCCACCCCCAUAGGAAGGGGUUACAUCUUCCUCCCGGAAAGCUGAGAACUUUGUCCUCCGAGGGCCCAAGGGAGUGCCUCAGAAUGUUUGCUAGAGAAUAUGAAUACUUUUGUGGCAAGCUCCUACACAACCUUUGAAACUCACUCAGUACUGCUCAUACCAUGUUCAUCAUUUUCCCUAGACUCUCAGCUGGAGGGACCAUCUCUUUCCAUGGCAGCUACUGGCAGAAGCACUUCAGCCAGGGUUCCAGCAGCUGCUGCUCCUUCCAGCCCCUUUCAGUCAAAGUCCCACAUCCCUGCUCCAACCUUGAUCACGGGCUGGACCUUAAACAGUGGUCAGCCUCUCCUUGGUAGUGAACCUGCAGUGGUUUAAUCAUGGGUGUAUUCUGGGUAGGGUUCAAGGCCAACUAGGAAUUCCUGGGUGCACAUGCAGCUGAAACAAGAAGCACUUUUCAGCCAGGGAGAAGGGUUCACCACCCUUCCCUGGGCCUUGGGCCCCUUGGAGGGUAGGAAUGGCCUGAGAGGCCAUGCACAGACCGCCCCCUCUGUGCCUGUAGCAUCAGGUGCUCCAGUGGCAGACACAUUGGGCAGGGGGGGAGGCAGCUAUCUUUUUCAGGCUAUAGUGACGCAGGGUCUGGGCCCC